AUGUUUAACUUGUUGAGUGUGUCACUCGUCACAUCUUCGCUGAGUGUUUUGAUGGGCUCUCUAGUCCUUUACUACCUCCACACAAAGAUGUCAGAGCGAGUUCUAAACAACUUCCAAGCCAGCGAUUCGUGGAUCCCAGAGAAUGAGCUAGUCCUCUUGACUGGCGGCAGCGGUUGCAUCGGCAGACAGAUAAUGGAAGAUCUUUCUCUCAAUAAAGUACGCGUUGUGAUCCUCGAUAUCAAUCGGCCUACCUUUGAGCUUCCAGAAAACGUCACAUUCUAUCAAACAGAUAUAUCGUCGGCCAGAUCCCUUUCCGAAACUGGCGCUGCUAUUCGAAAUUCACAUGGAGAGCCGACUGUUAUUGUGAACAAUGCUGCUGUUUUCCACCAUGGCACCAUUCUCGGAAUGCCAGAGGAGAAAUUGCGUCAGACAUUCGAUGUCAAUAUCAUCUCCCUUUUCCUCAUCAUGAAAGAAUUCCUUCCAUUCAUGGUCCGUACGAACCGUGGCCAUGUCGUUACAGUAGCGAGUGUGGCGAGCUUUGUUACUCUGGGCGAGAUGGUGGACUAUGCUUGUUCUAAGGCUGGCGCUCUUGCUUUCCAAGAAGGCCUUCGGCAGGAGUUAAAGUAUUGGUACAAGGCUCCGAAUGUGCGGACGAGGUUAGUUUGGGAAGCCUUUCUUCGAAGAGAAAUCAUGCUGACAAUACAUAGUAUCGUUCACCCCCUUUGGGUUCAGACACCCAUGAUCGAAGGCUUCACUAGAUAUCAAGCUGAUUUCGGUCAACCACUCCUGGAUCCAAAGGACGUCUCACAGGCAGUGGUGGAACAUAUUGUUAAUCGGAAAAGUGGGCAAACUAUCGUUCCGAGACAUUCCUCGGUGGUUGGAUCUCUUAGGGCCUUGCCACUAUGGCUACAAGAGGCAAUUCGAUCACACUUCUCGAGUACUCUCCUGCAAGUGGGGAUCAAGCGGGCUGCCCAUGAAAAUUCCGGCUCGCUUGUUCCUUAA